GAUCCUAAAGCCCGAUCACUCUAGCAAGAUAUUCAAUGUCAACCGAAAAUCACUGUCAUUUAUGAAUAAUAAAUAGGAAUUAAGGAUCGUUAAAGAAGGUCAACCUAAGCUGAUUCAGCCCUUGAAUUCAAGAGCACAGUGCCCGCUACAACGACUUAGGGAGCAAAUCUCCAUGGCGAGCCAAUGAGCAUUUUAUGUUUCUCUAAGUAACGACGUAAAUGGCAUUGAAGAAGUCGAAUUCCACUGAGUUUGUUUACAGAAAAAAAAGCGAUUUAGCGAUAGCUACCAUAUGCUGUUGGUUCCCACCUCGGUGAUACAGCAGGGAGAAAGCAGGUAAACUCGCAACAGUGACGUCGUUGUCUGGGUUAUUAGAAUGUAAGGGAGACGAGAGUUCAUGUGGAAAAACUUCAAACAAACAAAUAGCAACAGAAGCAAUAUUUCUGGGAAACAUAAAGGAUGGGAAGCAAAAAUGAUUCAUCUUGAUGGCAAGCUUGAAGUAAUCAACAUGCAAAAAGACGGUCGGGUUUUUAUAAACGUCCGCGGUACCAUAUACGAAACAUGCUUCUCCACACUAUCGAGAUUUCCUGAAACUUUGCUAGGAUCUGUAGCAGCGAGAUCAAAAUAUCUUGAUAUACAUCGCAACGAGCUUAUUUUUGACAGAAAUAUCGAGGCAUUCGAGAGCAUCCUGUUUUAUUACCAAUCAAACGGAAUCUUAGCCAAACCAAUUUGGUUAUCAUUGGAACUGUUCGAAGAAGAAUGUCGCUUCUUUGGAAUCCAUGAAGAUAGAAUAGCUAAGCUCAGGACACAACCAGAGGGUCCAAGGAAAAAGGUUGUGGAAUACUUUCAAAAUACCUUCAAAUCAAAGGCAUGGCAGUUUUUUGAGAACCCCGAAUCGUCUACUGGAGCGAAGGUCUACUCGAUAGUGACAUUUGCUCUCAUAAUUAUAUCGUUAUCCAUUGAGUUUGCCUUGACUGUACCUGAAGUACAAAGAGACCUUAAGUCCAAAAACAGAUCAGGACGAGUUUUGAAGGCAUUUAUGACGUCAGAAAUGGUGUUCCACGUAUUUUUUGCAACCGAUUUUGUUUUGCGAAUAUUUUUUAGCCCAAGUGUGCUACGAUUCUUUAUCUCUGCAACCAAUAUCAUUGACAUAUUAGCAAUUUUUCCGUAUUUCAUGAAAUUCUCGUUUGACUUAGAAAAACAGUAUGCCAAGCUAGAUUUUCUACGUGUAUUGCGAACAGUCCGUGUCUUGAGAAUGUUUCGCCUCUCGAAACACUCGCGAACCUUAGAUGCCGUAAUUAGCAUCAUACGGAACUGCUUUCAAGAUUUCUUGGUACUUGCGCAAUGCAUUCUGGUUGCCUGUGUUUUGUUUGCCAGCAUAACGUACUUUGCCGAGCAAGGAUCUCCGGACACACAGUUUACAAGCAUACCAGAGUCAAUGUGGUGGGCUUUGCAGACAAUGGUAUGCCUUGGUUAUGGAGACAUUGUUCCUAUUACCCUGUCUGGGAAGAUCGCAGGGUCUUGGGUGGCGAUAAUUGGAGCAGUAACCCUCACUGUACCUUUGGUUUCCAUAGGUGGGAAGUAUAUGUUUACGUACACUCGAACGUUCUCUUUAUCCAUUGGUCGCGACAUGAACAUGACUACUGGAGGAGUAGACGCAACGAGGGGUAGAGCUCAUUCAGGUAUAUCAAAUCUAUAGUAUGUAAAAACUUAAUAUUUAAAAAGGCAGAAGAGUUUACGGAAAUGCUUGGCAGUACAUCAGUGAGAUGAUUAAGUAAUCACCCUCAUCACCCUCAACUCAACGAAACCGCUCAAAAAUACUUCUUUUAGAAGAUUAGAUAUCUGCCUCUGAUUCAGUUGAGAUAGAUAAUAGAAAAAAGAGUUCUUUGCAACAUAUUAAGUGUUCUUUUCUAUAUUCGGUUAUGCUUUGCUUUGGUAUGUCAUUUUUCUUUCCUUCAAGUAGCAAUCUAGAAGUUUGGAAUUAGAGAAAUUUUAAGAAACUUUUUAAAAUCAAGAAAAAAUUAACGGAGUACUUACUGACCCCGACCUUAGUUUCCUUAUAACAAUGGCGUGUAUAACUUUCUCCUUAAAAGUAAGUAUUUUCUCCAGCACAUAAUGAAAAAACUGGACUGAUCCUUAACUAGUGGCUUGAUCUCUGGCUCGUCCUUCCCUCCCCUUUUGAAGGUUCCAAUUGCAUUUUUAUUGUGCAGUUGUCCCCGAGGUUAUUUUCCAUGAAUCAUUACAAUUUAUGGUAAUAUUGUUAACUUACUACGAUUGCAAGAAUAAAUAAAGAAAUGGCCAAAAAAAUGUACAAUUGUCUGUUAAAAAUGAAAGCAAGGAGAUAGUGUUUUUAUA